AUAGUCUCAGACCGCUAGUGUGCCCGGCGACCGGAGUAGGUGCCUCGAGCUUCUGAAGAUUUCAAGCCACCGCUCCGCUGGGACAAACUCUAGGCAACAACAGGAACAAAAUCCAGUCCUCCGGGACUCCUCCGGGAGGGCCUUUCCCACUGACGCUCUCCGUCCCCGAGCGAAGCCGCUGAGCGUUGCUAUUGGCUAUUCGGAAUGCCAAUCGCCGAGGCUGGCUUGCCAUUGGCUUCAGGGCGGGAGCUCCACGACUAGAGGGAAGGCGAAGGGAUCAGAAGCGGGAGCCGAGGGGAGGGAGAGGCCGGUUCGGGUCUGGCCGCCACCGCUGCUUGCCUGAGGGGUCCGGCCGGGCAGCGGCUCCGUCUCGGGUCCUGAGUACCGUCUGCGAGGCCCCGCCGAGCCAGCGUGGGAGGGCCGCAGGCGGCAGGCGCCGCAUCAUGUCAGCCAAGGACGAGCGGGCCAGGGAUAUCCUGAGAGGCUUCAAACUAAAUUGGAUGAACCUUCGGGAUGCUGAAACAGGGAAGAUACUCUGGCAAGGAACAGAAGACCUGUCUGUCCCUGGUGUGGAGCAUGAAGCCCGUGUGCCCAAGAAAAUCCUCAAGUGCAAGGCAGUGUCUCGAGAACUGAACUUUUCUUCUGCAGAGCAAAUGGAAAAAUUCCGCCUGGAACAAAAAGUUUACUUCAAAGGGCAAUGCCUAGAAGAGUGGUUCUUCGAGUUCGGCUUUGUGAUCCCUAACUCCACAAACACCUGGCAGUCCUUGAUAGAAGCAGCGCCUGAGUCCCAGAUGAUGCCCGCCAGCGUCCUAACGGGCAAUGUCAUCAUAGAGACAAAGUUCUUUGACGACGACCUCCUUGUCAGCACGUCCAGGGUGAGGCUUUUCUAUGUCUGAGAGAGGAACUUGUGUGCACUUCAAGAAUUUGGAAUGGGGGCAGGAGGAAGCAUUACUUUUUUCCUCCACACAUUUGAUUUUUUUGAUACUCCAGCUGAUUCCUUCAAUACAGAACCUACCUGUGGCACCAGGAAACCAGCUCUGUAUAGGUAGCCAGUUGGCUUUUUCUCCCAAAACCUCCAUCUUCACUGACAAGACUAAACUCCUAACCCCAGCCAAGGGCAGGGACAAGCCUUGACUCCUUCCUGGUGCGAGCAUGGGGACAAACCCAUACCAGGAGCCACACUGCGUCUGUCACCUGCCCCACCUCCUUGGGCCCUACAGGCUUUCUUUGGCCUCUGGUUUUGAAAAAAUUUACCUUUCUGACCCAUUUAGUUCUUUUCCUACCACUUCUAUUUCAUACAUUCUCCUACCUUUAACUUGUAAAAUAGACGAUGAUAUUAUUAUUACAUAAUGUAAUUAAAGCAUUAAACUAUUCCUACAGUCUUUA